UUUUCCAAAUUUUCAUAGACCGUGAGAUAUCGACAGAGACAGCACGGCGUUUGAGCUUACCUUGUGGUGCCUAUUGUUUUGUCAUACAUUUGCAUACUAAUUUUAGAACUGAUUUAUGCGGGACCUGCGCUAGAACAUCACACCACAUAGCGUUAUUGGUUCAUUUCCGCGCGCGCGUGACUGACCGCAAGAUUAUGGAAACGGAUUUAACCGUCACUUUAUUCACAGAGGAAUCGCCCCGGACUGACUGAAGAAAAUACGGGAAGAUGAAUGCUCUUUUCACUAAAUAUAUGCUGUAACGGGUAACGGUAGGAUAAUGUAUAUUUAAUCCUUUAAAAUAUAACCCCGUGGUCGCUUUUAUGAUCGUUGACACGAUAAAUAUAGGCGACGUUGUUGAUAUUGGCGGACAAAACUGUUCACACUCCCGUUAUUUUGUUUAUAAGAAUAGGGGGUGUUGACAAAAUCCCAUUUAAUGUAACUGUAAUUUAGACGCAUGAAUGAUACUGUUGACAUAUUUUUGUUGAUCAUUGUGGGCUGUUUGACAGUAAGCGUCAUAUACACAGACGCUUUGGCAAAAUAACAUAAUAUGAGCAGAUGGCACGAGCCAUGACUAGCCUACAUCCGACCACUUUUCGCACGUAUCAGCAACCCUAUAUAUACUUAUGUGAAUGAGAUAAAGACACAAACAUAAAACUUAGUGCUAAUCUGCAUUAGGAAGUUAAAAUAGGUUGUUAUUAAUACAAUAACUCACAAAAUACAUAAGCAAUAAACAUAAUCAUUGAGCAUAGAAGGGAAUGUCUUAAUAUAGCCUAUAUUUGCAUGUAGCCAAUUCAUGCUUCAAUUUUCCAUUUCAACCUCACUGCUUCACCUAAAUUAUUUAUUUCUCAAGACACAUCUAAUGUUUACAAUAACUGUAUAGUGCCCCAAAUCCUCAGUUUACAUCACGUGUCUUCCAUUACCUGCAUAAUUCUCUUAAUAUAAAAUUAGAUCCUUAAAGUCUUCCACAGUCACAAACUUGUUGUAUAAAAAUUAUCACACUAUAUUAAGAAGAAUAUUUAAUCAUAAAAGUGUAAUAAUAUUAAGAAUUAAGCAGCUAACUGUAAAAAAAAAGAAGCAGAGUCUGACAUCUUAGCUGUUUUCGUGGAGUAACCGAAUACUGCGGACUGGACUUACUAAACGUAUCGCCUUGCACUAAGGCCAUCAAAUCUUUGAUACUCCCUCACUAGACAUCCUCGCUCCUCAUGAGCUACCACCAGAUUUGAGAGGAAGGGGGAACCAUCACCAAGGUCUGAACAAGUGAUAACCCCACCUCAACCUCUGGUUCUGCAUCCGCCCUGAACCGCUGUCUGCAUUGUCAAGGCCAUCUGUUCAUAAAUCCAGAGGACGUAUUUCCUCCACAGAGCUCCUGUCUUGCCGAGAUCUCCUGCUCUUCUGUUAGAAGCGUGAAAGUGUAUUUGGUGUGUACUGUAUGUGUUUGUGUUGAGUGAAAACAGAGACGUGGCUGUCAUCAGAAGAUGCUGAAGAUGUCUGCACUGCGGCUCCUGUGGGUCCCCGUGCUGUUCUGUUUAACACAUGCUUGGCUUUGCCAUGGGGCGUGUGUGGAGGUCGACUCGGAUACAGAAGCAGUGCUGGGUAAUGGCUUCAAACUGGGCUGCAUCUCUUGCAAGAUGCGAGGAGAGGUACCUGCUUCUGCCACUGUGGACUGGUGGUUCAUGUCCAAAGGCGAGAGUGAUUUCACACAUAUCUACAGUUAUGCAGACAUGACGGGUUACGUAAUGGAUGAUCGCUUCGUUGAGCGCCUGGACUGGAAUGGCAGUAAAAAGACAGUGGAUGUGCAGGACGGCUCAAUUUACAUCCUUAAUGUCACCUACAAUGAUACUGGCACCUAUCGAUGCUACUUCGACCGAACUCUCACCUUUCCCAAUUACGAAUUCCACACCAACGCCACCAAGUUUAUAACCAUUAACGUAGUGGGCAAAGCAACUCGAGGCACGGCUUCCAUCCUAUCUGAGGUUAUGAUGUACGUCUCUAUAAUCGGGCUGCAGUUUUGGCUGUUGGUGGAGAUGAUCUACUGCUACAGGAAGAUAUCUGCAGCAGGAGAGGAGGCGUUGAGAGAGAGCGAGGCGGAAUAUUUAGCUAUAACCUCAGAGAGCAAAGAUAAUUGUGCAGGUGUAGCAGUGGCAGAAUAACGCAGGACUAAGAAAACUCUCAAGCCAAAAGCUUGAAGCUCCACCCAUCAUGACAUCAUGACUAACCGCUUCUCCGUCACCCUUACUGACGCUCUGCGAAGCCGCAAGGUUUUUGAUGCAUCAGACACACGGCGAUCAGUUACGAAAGUGUAUUGUUUUAAAUAAGGCUCUGGAGGUCUGUGACAUUUUAGACAACAGUGUUGAGGUAAUGAAUGAAUGAAUGAUGCAUUAACUUGUUUAAGCAUGAAUUUGUAUCAAAGUACAAAUUGUACCGAACAGGACUUGUACAUACAGUACGUGUUUGCUUUUCCGCACAGUGAACUCACCUUCAUAUGCGAUAAUAAAAUUCACAAGUGUACUGAGCCAGAGGACAAAUAUUUAAAAUACAUAAAGAAAACUGCUAAUAUAUAUACUGAGACGGUGGAAAAAAAAAUGAUAUUACAAACCGUUACACUCAAAUAAAUGAUCAGUAGUACAUAUCACCUAUUAUUAGGAUAGAUCAGCAAAUGCUUGGCAGCUGUAAACAGUGAUUAGCAUUAGACGGCUAAUGCUAGCCAAUAAGAGCUUCCUUUGUUUACUUUCUCAAAUACACACACACACAAACACAAGAUAUGCAACCAUAUUCAUAACUUUCUUACUAAUGCAUAAAGGACUAGGGAUCACCCAAAAAUAAAAAAUUUGCCCCAUGAUUUACUCACCCUCAAGCCAUUUUCAAUGUAUAUGAUACGCCAGAAACACACUCUAUCUAGAAAUCGCAUUGAUUGUCCUCAGAAGGCCUUUAUUAACCCCUUGAAUUACUUCUGGACAUUUUGUAAUAUUAGGGUUGGGCAUCAUUUCAAAUUUAGUGAUUCCAAUUCAAAAUUUGAUUCGGCUUAUUGAUUCUGAUUCCUAACAAUUCUCGGUUUUGAUUCCAAAGAGGUGAAAAGCAAUAACAGUCAAGCCUUUACAGAAUAAAAAUAUUCUUACUUUGAGCCACUAACAGUGUACGAAUUGAGGGGGGCUCGGGUGGUCCUGGACUCCCCUAUGAAGCACAAAAAUAUAAAUUAAGGGGGUCCCCUGGUUUUUAUUAAAUACAUCAUUUUUUUAAUUCUCGUGCUGCACUGCCACAAAGCAAUAAUGUCAAUUAUUUAUUCCAAUUUCUAAAUAAACGAAUCUAAAAGAUUUCUGUCUGAAAUCAAUUUAAACUCUCAUGUGCACCUUAACGCUGAAGGAAUUGACAGAUUUUUUAUUUAGAUUGAUAAUUGGUUUAGGGCUUUUAAAAAAGUCUUAAGCUAUUAUUUCACACUAAUUUGAGGCCUAAAAAUGUUUAGGGUCUGAGUUAAGGUUAAGGUAGUUGACCAACCAAAAAUGUCGAGGAUUACAUCUUACUUUGUGAAAUCACAACCACCUUAUAUGGCUUGGCUGGGGGAGGGCUUAGCUUUGGGACCCCCAUAAUCUUUAACAUACACUAUAUUGCCAAAACUUUUGGGACACCCCUCCAAAUCACUGAAUUCAGGUGUUCCAGUCACUUCCAUUAAAAGGAACUCUUGAUGUUUUAUCAUACCAAGACAUUUUGGACAAUUUCAUGCUCCCAACUUUGUGGGAACAUCAUUGGGAUAAAUUAGAGCGGAGACUACGAGCAAGGCCUUCUUGUCCAACAUCAGUGUCUGACAAAUGUGCUUUUAGAUGAAUGGUCAAAAAUUCUCAUAAACACACUUCUAAAGCUUGUAGAAAAUCUUCCAAGAAGAUUUGACGCUGUUAUAGGUGGGCCAACACCAUAUAAGACCCUAUGGAUUAAGAACGGUUCAUAUGCAUAUAAAGGCAGCUGUCCCAAAACUUUUGACAAUAUAGUGUAAUUCGAACACUGCUGACUACUUAAAGGAAUAGUCUA